GACUUUUAGACUCAAAGGAAACAGACUUUUUCACUCAUUUUAUUAAACAGACUUGUUUAACCGGAAGCCAUUCCUAAUGUUCAGUCGUUCCACAUUUACAGGUGUAGCCGAGCAGUGAUUGAAGAGAGGAAUUGACAGCACUUUGCUGGUAAUUCCUAGACACAUGGCUGUUACUACAGUUGGUAGGAUGAAGACGUCACAUGUCACAGUAUCUGUGGCCCCAUCUGUAACUGAUGCUCGCGUGUGCCAGCCUGACUCCUGUCUUAUCAGCCGUGUUCCUCUAGGUGAGUGGUCAACUGACCUUUACGGCAGUUUAUCUGGACAGCUGCUACAGUGAUUUCGAGGACGUUGCCUUCCAGUCAUGACGGGGAAUUCCAGCAGCACCAAGCUCGACAACGCGACCCUGUCCCUGUUUGAGAGUGUCAGCACCAGCGUCAUCGUUUCUGUCAUCUACAUGAUUGUCACCGCCAUCAACCUGGUGGGAAACGGCCUUUCCAUGUGGCUGCUCGUCUUCCGCACCUGGCCUAAGUCUCCCUCCAUCAUCUUCAUGAUUAACCUCACCCUCACCGACUUGGCCCUCGGCGCUGCCCUGCCCUUUCAGAUUGCCUACCAGCUCCAAGGAUACAACUGGAACCUGGGACCCAAUAUGUGCAGUGUCCUGACCCUCGUCUUCUACACCAAUAUGUACUGUUCCAUCCUGACCAUGAUGGCCAUCGGUAUUGACCGCUACCUGGGCAUAGUCAGGCCCAUGCUGUUCAGACAGACCAGGAAGAGAAAGUCCAUCGCCGUCUUCAGUUGCUUCCUCAUGUGGGGUAUCGUCCUGAGCGUUCUGUGGCCACUGAUGACCACAGACUUGACCUUUGACAUCCCCGAACUCGGGAUUACCACAUGCUUUGACGUGCUGAAGAAAGACAUGCUCCCAUCCAUGUUUGCCUGGGCGGCCUUCCUUUUCAGCGUGUUCCUCCUUUUUCUCCUUCCUUUCUGCGUCACGAUCUUCUGCUAUGUCAGUGUCAUACACAAACUGUCCACAGAUUCAAAGACGGCCCAGAAAGAGAGAGCGAUCCGUCUCGCCGCCACUGUUCUCCUGGUCUUCAUCCUCUGCUUUGCACCCAACAACAUUCUCCUGUUGGCUCACACCAUACUGAGGAUCUUCUACAAGAAGUCCCUGUACAUGGCUUACAAACUGACUCUCUGUUUCAGCUGCCUGAAUAGCUGCCUCGAUCCAUUCAUCUACUACUUUGCUUCCAAGGAAUUCAGGCAAAAGCUGAGAGAGAUAAUGAAUAUGCACAGCCUGAGUAGUAUGGACUCGAUGAAGAUGGAACCUUUGUUCUCUGUACCGAGCAGUUUUGAAGGUCAAAAGAGAAAACACAGUCACAUGCCACAACUCACCAUGACAUAGAGAGAACGAUUAAAAGUAGUGAGAGGAGACCAAAGAAAGGAAGUGAGAGGGGGAAAACAUGGUGUUACGGGUUGCCCUGAGUGUGACAAACUCUUACCACAUCUUUUGUCAUGUAAAGAUUUCAAAAUUAUUUUACUUCAGUUUUUUUUUUAUUGUUUUUUUGAGAACAAAUGGACAUGGGUCGCAGCUGUGUGUCUCUCCCACCAUUUUUUAGUUUUAGUCUUUAUUUCUUCUUUCUUUUGAGGAGUGUGCAACUUUUAUAUAUAUAUAUAUAUGUAUAUGAAUGUCUAAAUAUUUUAAUAUCUGCCACACGCAUCGUAUCAAUAAUUCCGACUAUGUAGCAUGCCCACAUACAAUGUGAAUAAAGUGUUAAAUAACCUUCACUGCCCAAAGAAAGCUGGACUUUUAACAUUUGUGACAUUACCUCUCUCUAAAUGAUAAUACUGUGACUGUAUCUAUGAAUGACUGUCGCUUCCUGUUUAGUGUGUUUCUCGUUCCUAUUCUUAUUCACUUUGUGUUCCUCCUCAACGAAAUAAAACUAUUUUAUUAUUAUUAUUA